CAUGUUUUAAGGGUCUCUAAAAUGUUAUUAUUCUGGUGGCCUGAUUUAAAUUACACUUUUGGCCUUUAUAACACCACUGUGCGGUCGACUGGCAUUCGUAGUCCUUCUAAAACUUUAUCAACAAAAAACCAGCGAAAAAUCCAUGGGAAAGUUUUGCAGUUUACAUUUUUCAUUAAUGGCAAUGCGAGCUAUUUUCGGGGGCAGGACACGUCAUCGUCUGGUUUUUAUGGAGAGCAGUGCUCAAACAAAAAGUUUAUAAACACACACAGACACACACACACACUACCACAUAUACAUUUACUUGAUAUAUAUAUUAAUAAAUAGUCAGCAAAUAAUAUUGCGCAUACGCAGCGUUGACAGCCGCAGCAAGCCAAAUUGUGGCCAGAAUUGUGUGUGCGUGUGCGUGAGGGUUGGACCUGGCCUAAGAUGGGUAGCGUGCUAUUCGCAGCUGUAUUCAUAGCAUUACACUUCGCCACCGGCGGCCUGGCCAACCCAGAUGCAAAGCGACUCUACGACGACCUGCUGAGCAACUACAAUCGCCUCAUCCGACCCGUGGGCAACAACUCGGACCGCCUGACCGUCAAGAUGGGUCUGCGCCUCUCCCAGCUGAUCGAUGUGAAUCUGAAGAAUCAAAUUAUGACAACCAAUGUCUGGGUGGAGCAGGAAUGGAAUGACUAUAAAUUGAAAUGGAAUCCGGAUGACUAUGGUGGCGUGGACACGUUGCACGUACCCUCCGAGCAUAUAUGGCUGCCGGAUAUUGUGCUCUAUAACAACGCCGAUGGCAACUAUGAAGUGACAAUAAUGACAAAAGCAAUUCUUCAUCACACGGGCAAAGUGGUGUGGAAACCGCCCGCCAUUUACAAAUCCUUUUGCGAAAUUGAUGUCGAAUACUUUCCCUUCGAUGAGCAGACAUGUUUCAUGAAGUUCGGCUCCUGGACCUACGACGGUUAUAUGGUUGACUUGAGGCAUUUGAAGCAGACUGCCGACUCGGAUAACAUAGAGGUGGGCAUCGACCUGCAGGAUUACUAUAUAUCAGUGGAGUGGGAUAUCAUGCGGGUGCCGGCGGUGCGGAACGAGAAGUUCUACAGCUGCUGCGAGGAGCCCUAUCUGGACAUCGUGUUUAACCUCACUCUGCGAAGGAAGACGCUCUUCUACACCGUGAACCUGAUCAUCCCCUGCGUGGGCAUCUCGUUCCUCUCGGUCCUGGUCUUCUACCUGCCCAGCGAUUCCGGCGAGAAGAUCUCGCUCUGCAUCAGCAUCCUGCUGUCGCUCACUGUGUUCUUCUUGCUGCUGGCCGAGAUCAUUCCGCCCACCUCGCUGACGGUGCCGCUGCUGGGAAAGUAUCUGCUCUUCACCAUGAUGUUGGUCACGCUCUCCGUCGUUGUCACCAUCGCCGUGCUCAAUGUGAACUUCAGAUCACCUGUCACGCAUCGCAUGGCACCGUGGGUGCAGCGCCUCUUCAUCCAGAUCCUGCCCAAGCUGCUCUGCAUCGAGCGGCCCAAGAAGGAGGAGCGAGAGGAUCAGCCGCCCGAGGUGCUCACCGAUGUCUAUCACCUGCCGCCGGAUGUGGACAAGUUUGUCAACUACGAUUCGAAGCGUUUUAGCGGCGACUACGGCAUUCCAGCUUUACCCGCCUCGCACCGCUUCGAUUUGGCCGCGGCGGGCGGUAUUAGUGCCCAUUGUUUCGCGGAACCGCCGCUGCCCUCCUCACUGCCACUCCCAGGCGCCGACGACGACCUGUUCAGCCCGUCGGGCCUCAACGGAGACAUUAGUCCCGGAUGCUGUCCGGCUGCUGCUGCCGCCGCGGCCGCCGCCGCCGCCGACCUCAGUCCCACAUUCGAGAAGCCCUAUGCCCGCGAAAUGGAGAAGACCAUCGAGGGAUCCCGCUUCAUAGCGCAGCACGUGAAGAACAAGGAUAAGUUCGAGAGUGUGGAGGAGGACUGGAAGUACGUUGCCAUGGUAUUGGAUCGUAUGUUUCUGUGGAUCUUCGCGAUCGCUUGCGUGGUCGGCACUGCGCUAAUUAUCUUGCGCCCCAGUCUGUACGACCAAUCGCAGCCGAUCGACAUACUCUACUCGAAAAUUGCCAAGAAGAAGUUCGAGCUGCUCAAGAUGGGCAGCGAUAACACCUUAUAGCGACCACUUGGGUUCGCGGCCGGCUGGUGGAAUCUAAUCAUCAGCUCGCUGCGGACCCUGUUCGCCGCUCGCGACGAUGAUCGUGGAUAAUAUACGAUGAGCCAGACCAUGAGUAUUUCCUCGGCGCUGUACAACACUAACAGUAGCAGCAGCAGCACCAACAGCAGUGACAGUGGCAGUGUCAUCGGCAGUGUUGUAAGGGUAUUGUGAGUAGUGUUGCGAGCGCCAACGAAACGGAUGACUCGUAGAGCCCAUCGUAAAUGAAACGCGAGGCGAGUGAAGUGAACAUUGCGAAAUGAAUUGACUAAAUUGAAUACAAUCGAAUGGAGGGCAAGUUUUUGGAGCAGUUGAUCAAAAUAUGUAUGUAAUGUAAUUCAAGGGAGUUGUAGUGUUGAUUAACCAAGACAGUGCUGGAUAGCGACGCGAGCCAAAAGAUCGGUACGGAGCGAGCUUAGUUUGUAAGUUUUUUGAUGUACUUGAUGUAUGAUUGUGUGGGUCGAGGAAGUUCAGGUGGUUCGCGGAUCCUCGCAAAGAUCCCGGGCCAGUGUUGUAAAAAGCGUAUGGAGUUUUGUAAGUUAUAUUGUAUUUUUGAGCGCCAAAAAGUUCCUUGUUACAUCUUUUAGUUUUAAAGUUCCACACAACACACAACAACAAAAAGACAAAAAAAAAGACAAAUGAAAAUGUUUUAAAAUUGCAUUUUAAAUUUAAAUCUGACUGCAUGUGUUCAGUGCGUGAGUGUGGGUGCUUGAGUGAAAGACAGAGUGAUUGUGGGCGUGACAAAGUACAUAUACAAAUGUACGGAAAAUAAAACCAAUUUUAAUGUUUAUUUAUUUGUGCAUAUUUUUCACAUUAUUUUUAGCAGAGCAAAAGCAAACGCAGAAAAAAUGCGCCCACGCUGAAUGGGUAAAAUUAAAUUGCAUAAAAUUUCAAUCUAUUUUUAGCAUAAAUAAGUAAAAUAAAUACGGUAAACUACAUUUAAUUAGCCAUAAGUCGUAACUAGUGGUAGCUAAGCAAAUCUAGUAUUGAAUUAAAUUUAAUAUUAAAAUAAAAAAAACACGAAGUCCGACAAAUCGGUUCGUAAGAAGCGCGAAAUUCUGAAAUAAAUUAGUUGAAUGUUGAUACAAAGGAGUCGUCACAUUUUUACUAACCACACACAGGCAACACACCACACACAUAUAUAUAUUAUAUCGUGCAAGCAUACAUAUAAAUAUAUAUAGAGUACGUAUACGUAUUUAUAGGAUUGCAGCUAGUCAAAUCACAUAACAACGGAAACGGAAACACACAAAACAAUUUCAAUUAAAAACACACGCACACAAACAGACAGACACGGCGGAAAACCAGUAACAAUAACUAAAGCGAAUUGCUAUUUGGCAAGCACUUUGUAAACCUUCAGUUUGAGAAGCGAUUUUAAUCAAUUAAAUUAUUGCGCAUAAUACAAAUACCAUUUUGGCUCAGCAGCUCGUAUUCAUGGGACUUUGAUUGUUUUCUAGAUGUUUAUUUAGCAGCUCCGUUCCCAACUCUCUCCGGUUAACCCGCUGUUUUGUAGUUCCCUGCACUCAUUAUGCAUUCAUCGGGGCAUACGGAGCGUUUCAGAAACCUUUGGCAAGUUCAAUUUAAAAUAAAACUUUUUAAUUACUUUCAACGGGCCACGCGAGUGGUGUUCUGAGUUCUUAGUCCUGGGCUCUGGUUUUUCUGGUUUCUGGGCUUUCUGGCCAUUCCAAUAGCCUCGGUGGAGUGCCGCACAGCAAAACACCUUCAAUUUAAAUGCCAAAGCUAACGAAACUUGCCACAAGGUUGGCCGCCACUGCCACGCCCACGCGCCCUCUCAUUUUUGCCUUUGCAUUUUUAAUUGAUUUUGCAAAAGUUUUUGCCGCUGAAGCAACAAGAAUAGUAAACAUUAAGCAAUUGAAAAAGCCACUGCGGCUUUUCGACGGAGGCGGUGCGAAAAAGGGGCGGGGCUGGGAGAAGAGACGUGCGGCGCCACAAGGCAUGCAACAAAUUAAGUGCGGAAUGCAAUUUGCCAUUCUAUUUGCAUUGGGCUAGGUAUGUGUGAGUUAAUAAAAAGCCAAGAGUAAACACUUGCAAAACGAUUGCAAAAGGCACAAGAAAAAAUAUUUAAGUAACUUUUAAUUUUCAUACUAUAUGCCAGUCAAAUUCUACUAGAAAUAUUUAAUUUUAAUAUAUAUUUAUUUAUAUAUAUUGUAUUUUUUUUAAAAAUAGCUCAAAGUAUAAAAGGUUCUGAAAAUCGUAUCCUUUUAAUUUUCCCCAGUGUACCCACUGUACAGCAACAAUAACUUGGCAAGCAUAAGUGAAAUCCGUAGAAACUAUUAGCAAAGAAUGUCGCGACAAACGACAAUGGCAACCCUGAGCACGCCGCCAGGGUUGUCAAGCGGCCUGGGUGUGGCUCAUUGUUGCCAACAGCCCGAAUGUUGCUGUUUCUGUGCGUGCGUGCCGGCAAAAGUUUAAUUAAAAUUCCUAAUCGAAAAUAUUCAACAUUUGUGAGUGUGAAUUAAUUAAAAUAGUUUUCCAAGCCAAUGAUUGUGGCACAGUUUAGCACACGGAAAAAGCUGGGGAGAAAAUGCAGUGGUGAAAAAAGAGAGAGGGGGGCCAGAAAAUGAUAUAUAUAUUUCGUAUUUAUUCUGGCUAAAAUGCUUGGGAAACGGGCUGGAAAAUUCAAUUUUUUUCUUUAAACAUCCAGAUUUCAGGGCCAAACAGACUUUAAUUUUUGUUUUAUACAACUAUUUUCCCCUGAUGCACGCAACUACAAAAAACACAAACACAAUCACACGAUAGCGAUAAAAAAGAGGAAAAUUAAACAGGAAAAUCUAAAUAGCGAAUGCCAAUUUGGGUGUAUUAAAAUGUAAAGUGCAUAAAAAUCAACAGUUAACAUUUUUUAAAUAUUUAGCUAUUAAACUAAACGUAAUAUAAAGCCUAUAAAAUAAACGUCGGAAUAUCAUAAAUCAAGUAAUUAAAUACGAAUACGAGGACUAAACUUAGAACGAAACCAAUGACACAAUUAAAAUUAAACGAUUAAAUGAACAAUGCAAAAAGCAGCAACAAAAUUCACACGAAUACCCAUACAUUCACUACACACACAGGAAAUAUAAUUGUGCAUCAUAUAUUAAAAGUAUUAAACUGAGCUUAUAAAAUUUAAACUAAAAAAAUGUCACACACAAAGUUGCCAACUGAAAUGAGAAAUAACGCGAAAACUAUUUGACAACAUUCUCGACAUCCGUUUUGAAAAGCAUAAAAUAAAAAAAGUCUGAAAACAAAAAUGAAAUAUAUAUACAGAAAAAUACGAAUAAAUACAUAGAAUAUGGAACACAACACAUGACACCUUUUAAAAUGCAAAACCGAAUAUCCAUUGACACAAGGCAAACACACAAAAAACUGAUGGCAACAAAUGUUCACAGAGGACAAAAUUUAAUUCAAUAAAAAGUCCGUACACAACAUAUAGUUUAAAAUAAAAAGUCAGCCCGGCAUUACCAAAUGGAAAAACAAAAUAUAUUUUGUAUAAUAACGAUGCAGUCACCUCUUAGUUAUUGGUUUUGUUGAGGUCAAAACGAAACUUCAAGCUCAUAGGUAAACGAAUAUCAGCCAUUUUUGGCGUGACCUGUAAAUAUUAAAAAUAUUUAUAUUCCAAUUUGCUUAAGCUUUAAAUAUGUUCGUUUAAUAGAAUUUUUCAAAUAAUUUAAAUGUGCUGGUGUAAGUCUUGGUUAUAUUUAAAUGCAUAACAAUUGUUGAAUCAACUUAUUUACUGUAAGCUUCUUAAUUUAAAACUAUUUUGUACAAACUUCCAGCUUAACAAAUCUUUUGUUAUAGUUUUAGACAAUCAACUAUUUAAAUAUAUUUAAAAGCAGCAAAGCGAAAUGAAAACAAAGAACUAAUGACAAGUAAAUGGCGUAACUUUUCUGUGAAUAAAAUAAACUAAAUGAGUAAAAACCCCUAUAAAACAUUAAUGCAUAUUUAAACUUAAUGUCACUAUGGGAAAUGCAAAAAAAAAAGCACACAAGAAAAUUGCGAGAAGCGAGAAAGAACAAUUAGACGAAAUUCAUUUCAACAAAAAACCAUUUUUGUAAAUUGUUUCACUUGGGAAAUCGACACGCUAAAGCAAAAACUAAAUAAAUAGAGAAAUAAAUGAAAACUCGUUUUACCAAAUAAUGCAAGACACAAGAUGGAAAAAUGGAGACGCUCGAGAAAACCAAAUCGAAUUAACGUCAAAUACAUAGAAGUGUAUAUGCUCUCAUUGGUUGUGUUUUUAGGUUAUAAACAAAUAGGUUUGGCUCUGUGUGGGUGUGUGGGCGUGUGGGUGUGCCGGUCCUUCGUCCUGCACACACACAAACACACGCACACACACCGCCCGAACAAACAAACAGACAAACAAUCGUUCAUUCAAUCACUCAAUCAGUCGGUCUGUCUGUCGAUCCCACCCACGAUCGGCCGGACUUAUAGUUGUACAGUUCAUUUCAACAUUGAUUCAUAAAUAUGUAUUAACGAGUAAAUUAAAUUAAAUUUAGCAACCCACAAAAAAAUGGCGAGCUAAAUCGCGUUUAUCUGUAUAUUAUGCUAGUAAUGUCAAACAUUUUGAAUUUGCCUUUUUGAAUCGAUCUGUUCACGUUUUUCUUAGGUUUCUAGCUAAAUGUUUAGUGUGCUUGAUAUACAAAAGGUUAAGCAAUUAAUUUAGGUAAUGAGAAGAAACCAUGUAAUUUAAAUACUGCCACAAAUAAGACGAAAAGAAAUGCAAAUAGAACAUAUAGUAAAUAUACAAGUAUAUAUCUAUAUAUGAUACGAGUACGAGUAUAUUGAUAUACGAACUAGUUAAGAGCAAACAAUUUUCGGAGUGUGUCCAAAAAUGGAAAUGAUGAGUAGAGGCCACUCAAUCUAGACACAUAAGGGUAGAUCUUGCAGAUCGGGGCUCGAAGUUAACAUUGAAGCUAAGUACUAACUAUUUAGGCAAGAUACGAUUAACUCUGUAUAUAACUAAGGUAACCACCAUAAAACACCCAUUAACAGACACACACACACAGCAAUGCAGACACAAGAAGCACAAAGUUGAAGCAGUUCAUACCUGUAUAUAUAAAGAUAUACAUAUAAUGUGAGGCAAACGCCGAUCCAUCAUUGAUUGAUCAUUCAGCAAGCGAAAGGAAUUUAUUUCCAGUACAAUUCAUUUCUCGAUUACAGUUACAACAGACAACGAACUUGUGUACUCACAAAACUUAGAUAAAGCACUGGAAAAUUCUUGAGGAAAUUAGUAAUGAAAACCACUCAACGAUUGCCGAGUGAAUUGCCCUUAGAGGAUGUUUUAGGAUAGUUAAAAAGUUGCGUAGCUGAAAAUAAAAACCAGGAGAGAUUUCAAUCACUUGAAAGGGCGCCUAAAAGAGUGCAAUCAAUAAUCCGUUGGACACCCUUUUAAGAGAUCUCAAAUCACUAGAGAUCCUGUUAGAACGCUUGCUUUCCACUUCGCUAGGGGCAUUCAUCGAAGGCUAGAACGUGUUUCAUUUUAGCAAAUCGAAAGACAAUUUUAAGGCCACUCACACUAAGCACUUACAAAUAUCAUAAUUAGUUAAACGCGAAAUAGUUAUUAAACAAAAUAUAUAAAAACGAGCAAAAUGGGAUAACUGAAGCAAAAUAAUUACGAUGUAAACAGGAAAUUGAGGUAUUUGAUAAAUAUGCGGCUUGACCCUGAGAUUCAAAAAACAUAAAAUCGUAUGUCUUCCAAUCAAAGGUCGUCUUUUGUAGCAAACACAACAAGAAUCAAAGUCUGCGUAUUGCUAAAGAAAAACAAAUAAACAAAACAAUUGGAAGCAACUGUGGGGCUGAUUAAUGCAGAAAUGCAGAAUAUUUAAAGAACAAACAGUUUACACAAAUAGAAACACCACACACACACACACUGCACUGCGAACUCGAUUAGCGAAUAAUCAUGACAUUCCUUAGGGGUUAAACGGAAAUCAAAGAUGACACCUUCCCCAUGACAUUCCCCACGCUCUCCAUCUCUCUCUCUCUCACUUGAACUCUGACCCCUUUCGGUUCCCAGCAACUAAUCAAGUACCUGACAAUAGAUGAACUACACCUUUCCAGAAUUUCUAAGCACCCCACACCAUCAAUCGCAUCCAUGAAAGCUCGUCUUGUACAUACAGUUGCCGAAUGUUUAAUUCGAUUUGGCUAACAAAUUUCCAUAAAGUUGGCCAGAAGCGAGGCAAAUCAAACAAACACAUAAAUUAAUUCAUUAAAAACGGUUUCAAUGACAGCUAGAAAAUUUAGACACCGACACACAAGUACACAUUUCACAGCAAUUAGCAUUUUGCCCAUGAUUUCAAAUAUGCUUUCUUAUGUACAAAUGGAAAAGAGACAACUUUUGUAAAAUAUUUCCCAGAGUAAAUGCAAAACAAUCAGUUAAUUUAGGACCUUGCUUUUUCAAUGUUUCCAAUAAUCAGGGGGUGUUUCAGAAGCAUCACCAUUACGGUGCUUAAAAGUAGGCAAUGAUAUUUUGGGAGAUAUGAAACCCAGCGCUUUCUGGAACUCCCCCUUGUAUUCGAAAGAGAAGAAACUUUUAGAAGUUUUCAAAUCGUUGACAU